UUGAUAGUUACAGAAUCAACCAAAAAUCAAAAUGUUUCUGACACUUCUGGGAUUAGUAUCCUUUUGCAUGGAACGGCACAGAGAAAGAGCACAACAAAGAUGCUCAGUCGUCCUUAUAGAGAAAACAGAGGAAAAAACAAAGAACGCGACAUUGACUGACCAGUUCAUAGCUGCAGGUGAUUGUCAGGAAGAAACCUUAAGAGAAGCGGAAAUCCCAAUCAAGAAUGAAUCCGAAUCAGAGAGAAGAAGACGCAGCUGGGAAAUGGGGGAGAUAGACUACCUGGGUGUGGACAGUUUCGACAAUAUUUUGAUGAAACUGAACCAAAGCAUGGACUGCAUCCCCACCCACUUCACAAAGGAGAGAAAUUAAUAAUUGGAUUGCAGUUUUAAUUAUCGGUCAAAACGAACUUUGAAAGUCUACAGUGCCGUUUUGAGCACCACUUCAUUUCUGAAUAGUGAUUUUAUUUUCACGACCUCCAUGUCAUGUCAUUUUGGUAGCCAAGUGUUCGUUUCAAGAGAAGCUACAUGUAGGAGUAAGAAUCUGAUAUAUGAAUAGGGAAGAUUGUAAAUUGCAAUGUUUAUUCACGAAGAGAACUUUCACUAAUUAAGAAAAAAGUAUAUUUUCAAUCAAACAUGUCUUAUUACGAAGUUGAUUGGAAAACAGGCUGACUUGGUUUAUACAUGUAUUGUGAAGUUCAAUAAAAUAUAA